AUGGGGGUCAAUACCCGCCGACCCGUCCUGCCCGCUCCUACAGAAUCCCUCGUCGAUACUCCGAACGAAAGCGUAACGGGCACAGAUUUGGCAACUGACCUUUCUCGCCGUACAGACAAAACGUCGUACUCGAUCCCGGACGACGGAAGCCCCAUCACCGUCUCCACCCGGCGCCAUCGGGACCGGGACGACAAACUGUCUCACUCACACCGCGACUCUCAGACCUCCCUCCUCAUCGAAUACUUUGAGGGUGGGAAGGGCACCACUGGAAUCGUUUCAAGACCCAGUGUUCGAGUUCGAGUCACGCCCUCAGGCUCCAGAAAAUCAAAGGAUAAACAAGAUCAUAUUCAAAUCACCGAGUCCGGCUCCAGUCGCAAGCCAUCAUAUACCCGUCGAAUCUCACUCACCUCGCCAUCCUCCAAACCAAAACAGCUGACCGAAUCAAAUUUGGAUGAUCACAGCCUCAGCGAUAGCAAUUCUGCCGAGGAGGAAGGUCAAAAUUAUCAAUCGUCAAGACACCCGCCAGUCGAAAUUGAGUUCAUGAACCGUGAUCGUCAUCGUGAUCGUGAUCGGGGUAGUGAAAUAUCGGCUUUUUCGCGUGGUACCAGAGGUAUGGCUGCUUCAUCGGAUAUCUCAUCUAUGCCGGCGGAUAGUAUGCUGGAGGGUGGUUCUUCCAAUGCCCCACGGCGGAAGCGAAGUCAAAGUCUAGAGCGUGAAGCGAGUCGCCAAGACAAAGGUUUACUGAAGACUCCAUCCCGACAACGCAGUCGCAGCUUAAGUCAUGAGCGCAUCGCACAUCGAGUCGCUGAGAAGCUCAAUGGAUCGCCUCAAGAGACAUCGAGUGGCAGGAAGAGCCAUCGAAGAAGCAAAACCCGGAGUGCUGCGAAAGACUAUUUGGAGGCUGAGCCGACCAAGUCCUCGUCGCGCCGAAAACGACAUGGAGAUGAUGAAUAUAUCCCCAGCCCCGAGUCUAGCCUACUCAGUACCUCUGCUGUGUCUUCAAAUCGCAAGUCAGACGCAUAUUCCGUCCGAUCUGGCGCCUCAAAAUCAUCCAUCAAUAACCCCAAACUCUUGGAGACAGUCGAAGAUGCAAUCCGACGAUUGAUUCUACCGGAGCUGAAGGAGCUCAAAAAGGAUCAAAGGACCAUGUCGAACAAGUCCAAGUUUGACCAAGAUAUGACAACCUCAUAUUCGUCCGCAAGCUCUCGGGAUGGAUUGGGCCGUCGCCUUUCAAAACACGCCAGUGCGCCUGAUGUCAUGAAACCCAAAGUUGUCCUCAACAAGGAUAGCAAAGACGAGGGUAUUCUUCUUUCCGGAGAACCAGGUGUCCAAAACAAAGAGCGCAAGUCGAGCAAGAGCAGCGACGCAUCUGAUAACGCAUGGGUGAAAUGGGGUCGACCUGAACUCACAGAGUCAGAAAAACUUCGCCGACAAAAGAGCAAGGGCCUUCGUGAUGCACAAGCAGCAGCACGAGUGGGCUCAGCUCUAACAGCAGCUUCUCUCAAACAUCACGACUCGCAGUCCAGUCUUGGUGAAGGAGAGCGAAGAGGCAGCGGAUCUCAAAAAAGUGUUCCAAACUAUAAUGAAACUGAACUCGUUUUCCAAAAGCACAAUGUUCCUGCUAUGCCUAUGCGCAGUGAAAUCGACUCAGAAUUGACCCGAACCUCAUUGCUUUCCGAGCGAACUGCCAGCCCUACCCCUCGCAAGCAAUUAUCACAGGCCGAGAUCUCUCGUGGAUCGCCGCGACAACUCGUUUCCCCAACCUCUCGCACACCUACUCGCACUCCUCUGGAUUCACGUUAUGAACUUGGUAUGCGCCAUGGAAAUCAGUCUCAGCGUGACAUUUCCGUUCACAGUGCUUCUGAUCGCGACCUUCGCGCUAAAAGCCAGUCGCCCGCAACGGAUGGUGGAAGUGAAUGGGCCAUUGCAGAGGCCGCAGCAGCUAAUCUGUUGGAUGCUGCUCACCCAGGAACCCGUGACUCAUAUGGGGAUUCGUACGAGACUGGUCGACAACUCAGCCCCAUUCAGAGCGUUGCUAGCGAGCGUACCGAAACACAUGAUGACCAGUAUUACAACAAGCACCACGCGGACGCCCAAAGAGAUAUUGAGCCCAAACUUUCCAUUGAUUCUCUGUCUUCAGCCCCAAGCACAAACCUUGCCCGAUCCACCCGUCAAGAUGGAGCUAGCCCACACAGCCAAAGUCGAUUUUCUCGACAUGAUGAAGAGGGCCUUGAACUUGGAUACGAGCAAUCUCGCCAUGCCUCUGCUGAGGAUGGUCUGUAUGGACCCGAUGAAGAGUCCAGGCUGGACGGUUCUAUCGGCGAGGAUGACAGUGAAGUUGAUUUCAUGGAUCGAGUCAAGGAGGGCCAGCAUGUCGCACCUGUUAUUGCUGCCAAUCCUCAGAUCAUACAGGCAAUGGGUGUUGAGUCGGCCGUGGCUUCUUUAAUGGACCCCUCAGUUCUCGAGCAGUCAGUUCUUGAGAGCCAGUCUAACCACUCUUUCAACCGUUCUCAAACCGAUCUCGCCCCACGCUCUGCAAGCCGCAGCCCCGAGAAGCCUGUCAGCGAAGGUUACCGUGGAAGCCCCCUCAAGCAACGCCAGGAUGCCGCUAGCCCUGAUGAAACCUCUUUCACCCGCCGAAUGGGCGUGAGCUCGCCUCCACAGAGCGUGACCCAGUCCAUUGAGGACCUUGAAGCGGCUGGUAUGGCGGCUGCAGCUGCCCGAGGGAUUGGAAGCCCUAUCCACGAUGCGGAUCAAUACAGCCAAGAAUCAGAAUCCGAGAUCAACACCAACCCGUCUAUUAUCCAAGGCCCCAUCGGUGGCGUCCCACAACAAACAGGUGAUCAUUGGGGAUAUGACACUCGAUCGCCACCUGCUGGACAGGCCCAGUAUUACGACGAUACUGAAUCAGUUGGUGCACCAAAGGAUCUUGCCGAAGGCCAGCCUCGUAACCUGGAUGCCGAGUAUUACGAAACUGCCAGAAACAUCUUCGGCGGCGAUGAGUACUAUCCCGACCAGCAUAGCCAGCAGCUAUUUGGAACCCCUCCUGGGGCCAAAGACGAGGGUUAUGUCUCAGCCGCCAACCCUAUGUCUCCGAGCGUUGGCACCCCCAAGCAAGGAACUCGUGGCAUCGAAGCUGCGGAUGCUUUAGAUAGCCCCGGUGACGCUGAUGCAUUCUCUCCUAGCCACCAACGCCACUUCAGUGGCUACUCUCAUGGAGUUGGCUCACCACUGUACGACAGUGCUACUGGACAUGGCAUUGAGAGGAUCAAGUCCAAGGACAUUGUGGCUCUCAUGGAUCACCUCACUGUUCGUGAUGCGCAACGGAAUGCUCGGGACACCGAAAUGUUGGUGACUUUGGUUCGUAGCGCUGCUGAGAUGCGUACCUCGUUUGAUGAGAUGAAGAAGUUCAUCGCUGAGCAAGAUGAACGAAUGAUGAACACCAACGACAAGCAUCACGAGCGCACCCAGAGAUCCCUUGGUGGGCCUCGACCAUUGCCUCCCAGUGCAUCUCGCACUCGUCAAUUGAACGCAGAGGACGACGAGGACUUGCAAACCAAGCGCAAGAACAUCUUCAAGCGUGCGCUCAAGGGCAUGAGCUUGAAAUCAGGCAAUGACUUGUCCAAGAUUGAAGGCAUGCUGGAGCAACUGCUUGAUGAAGUUGAGGCCCUUCGAGAGGGCCGUGAAUUCCCUAGCCCUGGACCCACCCCCCGAGCUGGUAGUGUUGAUGCAAAUGCCUAUGACACUCAAGGCCAGAACGGCGCCUCUCAGGCCAACCGCGCCUCGUACAUGUCGAGCCCAUCCCGACCAGCCAAUGCCGAUCCCCGCGUUAGCACUGUCCCUGAGGAGGACGAGGACGAGGAUGACGAAAUUGAUGAGAAUGAUCCUUACAUGACUGCGCAUCUCCCUGUCCAAGAUGCUGGCCGCCACGAGAGAGCUGGAUCCCUACCUCUUGCAACACCACCCCGCAAGCCAUUAGCUUUAGGAACUCGCAGCAACGAGACGACUCCCAAGGCCUCCGCCGACAAGGCCGACAAGGCUCGCAAGCACAAGUCAAGCAGCUCAUCAAUCUUCCCCAAGAUCUCCCGCUGGUCCAAGACAACCGCUUCUUCUAUGGGCGACAACAUCCGCAACAGCAUCCAGCCUGCCCGAAAGGAGCGACCUUAUUCCGAGAACUUAUCUCGAUCUGGAUCCGACCUUGCCCGGGAGGCAUACAAAACUGGUGAUUACUACGAUCCCGAAGGUGAUGACCGCAUCCGCUCCCACUACAGCCUGGAUGAUCAGCAAGAGAACCGACCCCCUUCCCCAUUGGUUCCAUCCCAGGUCUCCGAGGCUCCCAAAUACCGAGCUCACCGUGGAAGUCUUGAGAUUCAGCAUCCUCAACCUCGCCAAGGUCCCACCGGCCGCUUCCAGUCUGCCCUCGAGACCCAGGCUCAGACAUACGGAACACCUGUGUCUCCUAACUCAGAGCAGUGGGGCUCUAACCCCAGCCUACCCGUUGCACAGCCCAACAACCGCUACAGCGGCGGUAGUCGUCUUUCCCCAAUCUCAGACGCCGGCUACUCAGAGGGUAGUUCCCGUGUUUCUGGACCCCCUCGACCCCCAAAGAUCAAAGACGAAGGUCCUUUGAUUCCCGAGCGUCCAUCCAAGAUCGCCGGAGAGGAGUCCCAGAAUUCUUACGCUGGUGACCGUGUUGUUUCAAGGAGCUCUGCUAUCCGCUCCCCACCAACCCGCAAACCUACUGGCCCUCGCCCCCUGACCUCUGGCGGCUCCUACAGCCCCAGCAAUAUCAAGCGCACCCAGUACCGAGGCAGUCCGAUGCAAAUCGACUAUGACGAUGAAUAUUGA